ACAGUCAUGAGUUCUCAGAACUCUAUAAACACUCUACACACGGAGCACAGAAAUUGGAAAUCAUACACGUUCAAAUUAUCCAAAUUGUUUGUGUAAGUUAAUUCUAAAAAAAUUUGUUCCUCCGGCUUCGACAAAGGCUUUGGAAAGUCAAGAACAUGGCGGAUCCGGAUCUCAGUCAAGAAAUCACAAUCCAGCCACCUUCUCCGUCCAGCACUUACAACUUGGACAACGAGCGCCUGGAUUGCGACAACUUGGAGGAUAUGACCGAUAAAUGGAUGGACCCGAACCGGCCCUCGUUCUUUACCGUCCUCUUGCGUUUCUUUGGCAAUAUUUUCGGUAAACCGAAGCUUGUCCUCAAGUCUCCAAGUACCCUAUAG